AUGAAUCCAACGUUAGGUGAUUAUGCUAAUGAGGAUGACGAUUCGAUGAUCGAAUGGCUUGCAGGCCAACAGCAGGAGUCGAAGCUUGAUGUGUCGGGAUCCCCUCCACGAUCAGCCAGUGUGGUAGCUAAAGAGAUCAAGGUGGAUCCAGGAAUUUAUGGGGGGCCCAUGUCUUGGAAUACUCACAUAUUUAGUGCAUCUUCUGGUGGUGGAGCCUUUUGUAAUGGACAAAAGAUUCAUGUUAGUCAGACCGAUCAAGUGGAACUUUCGGUCUAGGUAGCUGGAUUUGGAUAUGAACAUGAUGAUGCUUGGGCAACCAACAUGAAUCUAUUCAAGGAAUUUACUGACAUUAGCAGGGGCGUGAGAAGACUUGGUGCUGCUGCUAUUGACAUGUCUCAUGUUGCUUUCCAUAUUGUGGAAGCCUGCUGGGAAUAUCAUCUUAAGCCAUGGAACAUGACCGCUGGUAUCCUGCUGAUCUUAUCUCUGAAGAUAUCUAGAAGACUAACUAAAUACCUGCUUGUUUAUUAUAGCAUGAUAGAUAUUUCAGAUCUUGCUUUCCUCCUAUAUGCUGCUCUUUGUCAUGCAAAUUAUAUCAGUGGUGAUGAGCCGAACAUGGGUAGCAAGCAUUCUCUUGCCUAUUUGGGGCUGCUUUAUGAUCUCUACUACAGAGUCUGUGCAUAUGGGAAUUGGUGCCAUAUUAAUGAGACCAUAUUUUUUUUCCAUUGGCGACCAGCCUUCUCAGACGAGUGCACUAAAACAACCUUUCCUUCUUUUACAACUGGCUUGUAAUUGGAUUGACAAUGUUGUCUUUUGGCAUGUAAUGAUUACUUUCUUCUAGCUUACACUUCUGAAACAAACAUUUUGAAGAAUAUAACUCCAGGAAGACAUCUGAGAGAUGAGACCUGAUACAAAACAUCGCUUUAAUUUCAGUCUGGUAUUGAGCUCUUGAAUAU